AUGACGGGGUGUCUGCUAUCCGACCUUGUGCGGCUUGGCAGCAGUCAGGCACCAGGGAAAAAUGUGGCCGGGCUGCCGUUUGACACAAAGCAUGCGGACGAUGUCCUGACGUGUCUCGUUUCCCCGUUUAGCGAGGUGGCCCUUGGAAAGGCGCCGCUAAAGUCGUGCGAGCACAUCAUUGAGCGGGCAAGUGCGUCACACGUCUUUCUGAGCAUCAUUCCACAUUGUCGACGGCCGGUACAGGAGCAUCUCACGAGUCUCUUUUCGAGUGUGCAGCAGGCUGCUGGGGCCAUCACCACGACUUCCACAACAAGCAGUGCCGCUAAUACAGAGGCUAAUAGUGACACCGCAAUUACGACAAUAACUGCCGCAGAAAUGGGAAGAAUUCUCAUCGAUGUUCUCAAUGCGACGCACGCUAUCACGUCAGAGCAGCUGGCCCCCCUCCUAAGGGAGAUUAUCGCCGCCUCGCCCACAUUAUUGCGCCGCACGGAGGCUAAUCGGAACAACACCAACAUCCAUAACAAUAACAACAACGACACUAUAGCUAAUACAGCCCGGAAAAGAGACCGAAAGCCCGGUGCCGUCAUUGCUGCUCGAGUUUUGUUGGAUCAAGUGGAAGUGAUUCAGCCUGCCAUCGCGAGCUACGCAGCAGAGAUGGUUGAGCACGGCGUCGGUGAGGUGACAGCGACAAAGAUAGCGGGCGACGACGACAGCGAGGCGCGGCGGCGUGGAUUGCGCGAGGUUGGCCGGGUGAUGGAGUGCCUCGUCGCGCUGGUCGAGCUGCACGUUGACCUCGUCGGGCAACUCGUACCGAUCCUCGUGCCGUACCUGGAGCACGAGCACACUGACAUUCGCUUGAUUCUGCUCCGCGGCUUCUUCAUGGCAUUUGGUGCCCACGAGACAGCUGUUUCGGCGUACCGCUACGCCUUCGCUGCCCUUGUGGCGCGAUUCAAUGACACGAAGCAUAUGCUACGCAUUGAGAUGGUGCAGUUGGCCGCUGGUAUCAUACGAGCAGCCGCGCAGGCGUCGAUCAGCGUGGCAGAGGAACGGGUGCGCGAGCUGCUGCCUCACCUACAGCAGCGCCUUGUGGACCCCCAUGCUUUGGUGCGUCGUGCGGCAGUUUUCGCAUACGGUGACAUCAUAGCCGCCGAGCCGUCGCUCGUAGGGUCCGACAGACUCGAGAGGACACUUGGACUGCGUGUUGCCGACAAAAAUCUCAAAGUGCGGCAGGCUUCGGUCGAGCAGUUGUGCGGCAUGUACCAAACCCUGCUCUACCCGUGGAUUCCCAAUGUGGUGAUGCGGUGCCUCAAUGCGGAGGGGGGUGUGGCGCUGCUAGAGUCCUCCUUCGAGUCGAUGCUGCCACCACCGUCGAAGGUCAUGAAGCCGAAUACAUUACUCAAUAACUCGGGCAGAUCAUCUCUCAGUGGUCGGCGGUCGGAGCGGGCAAGUAUGGUGUUGUUUGACUUUGAAAAAGAGAGUGCCACACGGGAGCGCACGUACGUUGAUGGUUUCGCCAAAAUGUGUGGCCAUCUAACCCCGGGGAGCUUCAGUAGGUUGCUCACCUUCGCCGCGAAGAAGGCGCAGCUGCGACUUGCAAUUCUUCGCCUUUUUGAAUUGCGCACGGAGGUACGAAGCAAAGACCUCAAGUCACCGGAGGGACAAGAGAUGAUUAACAGCAUCCACCGGCUUCUCAACUUCCUUCAGACCAUGACACAUGCGGAGCGGGGCGAGUGGGACGCUCUGUUCCGCGCCAAGGAUGACAAGAUCUCCAAGGCGUUCCUGAACUGCUGCAGUGACAGACAGCUCCGUUUUGCCACAGAGCGGGAGUCUCUCAUUAAGGUGCUGAAGGGCCGUGUAGACGGACCUGUGCUGAGGUUUUUGCAGGAUUCCUUAUUGAGGCAGAUGAUGCUUCCACUCGAAACGGAGCACAUUGACGAGUUGCUUGCACGGCUGAAAGAUGCCCUCGGUGGGGUAUGUGGUGACAAACAUGCACCAAUCGAUGCGGAGGUGCAGUCUGACGUGGAAGGCAUGCUGCGUGCAUUGCUUGUGUUUGGCCGCACAGCGCCGUCGUUCCUCCCACGCUGCGCAACGUCACUCGUGGAUUUCCUGGAGCUCCUGUGCCACAGCAGUAAUGCGAGCAUCCCAUUAUCAUGGGUACUGUUGCUCCUGCACUGCAUCACCGAGUGGGCCGGCUACGCGGGCAGAGCCGCGGCGGACAAUAAUAAUGGUGAGGAUGGCUCGAUCGCAGCUAUUGCCACACGUAAGAAGGGUCUCUUAACGACGCUAGGCAAACUCUGUACCUGCAGCCAUGAGUCCCUCUUCCGUGACGCCACUCCUGUGACGACGGGGACAGUAUGUAAGCACGCGGCCCGCAGCUUCAUGUCGCUCCUCAGCGUCACCAGUCUGCGCGAGCCGAAGGCGCUCAGCCAGCUGGUCUACACCCUGCGCAGCCGACUGCAGAGCGAGACUACCCCCGCAACGCCCAAAGCUGUCGGGUGGCUAAAGGCACUGACAGCCCUCGCGAAGGACAGUGUCGCGGCACCUCUCGUGCAGGACGAGUCACUGGUGAGCAUCGCCAAGGAGGUUCUCUUCGCCGCUGUGCGCGACAAUGAAGAAUCGCAAGAUUCAGCACGAGUUAAGGCAAAGACAACAGAGCCGCUUCAUCUAUCGUUGGCUUCCACGAUCGUGGAGGCAGCGGCGAAGUUUGUGGCGGCGGUUGCGCUGAGUUACACAACCGAUCGCGCUGUGGGUGCUGUUUCAUUGGCGCUCAACACUUUGUUAGGUGCAUACAAGGCAGUCAGUGAGCGCGAUGCGCACACCGUUGGCGCAUGUCACCGCCGUCGUGCCAUUAACCAGCAGCUGUGCAAGCUGGUGAUCAAACCGUCAUCUGAUAUUGGCAAAGAGCUCGCGGUGGCAGUGAUUCUCUCCGCUGAGGAUGAAGCCGUUGUGCGGCGUCCAUUGCAGCAGAAGAUGGCCCUUCAUCUUACACAGCACCCGUGUGAUAUGCGGUACGCGGCCCUUCUCUUGCUCACCGUCAUUGGCGAGGAAACAAAGAACGGGUACCAGCACCUUCGCACCCUCGUCCAACAGGUUGGCGACUACCUCCGCUCCAAGCAGGUAGCGUCCGGUGCAACACUUUCUUCACCCAGCGCCCUCGGCUGCUUCCUGGAGUACACCAUUCCUUUCCUGGUGCUCUUCAUGGCGCAUCACACCUUCUAUAGUAGCGAGCAGGAGAACCACUUUGUUGCGUACCAGCGAGUGUGGCAUCUUCUCUUUGAUGAGCUUUUCCGUCACGGCACGCAGUGCGCUAGCUUUGUGGUGGAACUCUUAAGCCGAAUCAAACAGGCUGAUGACGUGCUUGACGGCGACAGUCACGCCGCUCGUGUUGUGUGCGAUCUUGGCAGCCGCGUGAUGCAAGAGUGCUUGGGGCAGCGGCAGAUCAGUGCAGAUGCGCUGAAACGGUAUCCGGGGCGGGUGCUGUUACCAAAUUUCUUUGUUGCGUCGAAGUCCGCUGCCGAGGCGCUCAGCACCGUCUACCUCGACGAAAACGUACACAUUUUCACUCACGUGCCAUUCCGCCCACCUACAGCGGUGGUGUCGGGGGUAGGUGACCGGGCCGUUUCCGCGGCUCGCAGUGUUGCAGCGGGUGACACAGAUCCAGGUGAGGAUGCUGCAGCAAGGCUCCCGCCUCUCGUGCAGCAGCGGGUCGAUGCGACACUGGAUGCCCUCCUCGGCGCCCUGACUCAGCAGGAGAUUGCGAAGAUGCGGUGGUCGGUCGUGAAGGAGCGUGUUAAGGAAGCGAUGGUGAGUGUCAGUGGUGGUGAUGAUGACCCCAAAGGAGAAGACGAAGGAAGGGGGGAGGAGGAGGAAGAUGAGGGAAACGUGGAUGAGGCAGACCUCAUGGAGUACGCCAAGGGGCAGCUGCAGCUCCGUUACGAAAGGGCCCCAUCGCAAUAA